AUGCCGCAUGAUGCGGAGACUGCUGUCCGCGAAGAGGGUAUCAUUGUCCCGACUGACAGUGCUACAGUUCUGGCUGCAAAACGCUUCGCUGUCUUUCAGGAGCCGGUGAAGACGCAAACUCAAUUCCAGGUACUUGAUGCUGUCCCUCCAGUUCUGCGUUCCAUACUGGUCCAGAGCAUGUCCAUACGCAGAUUCAAGUGGCAUCAGAUCUUUCUGUGGGAAACUCUUAAAGCUAUAUUUCUCAUACUGGGCUUCGACCAGAACUGGAGCGACCAAAACUACACAGAAACAAAAUGAAAGCCAGGUUUCUUUAACGUUUUUAGGGGCCAUUAUGCUUAUUCUCUAUUAUGCCCUCCGUUUCUCCAACCAAACACGAUUUCGGGAUAAUUUCUCCAGGGUUUUCUUCACAAGUGAAUGGUCAUGUCUGUUUGCACGUACAGAGCCUUGGCCCGGCUUGGAGAGACGGAGAGGAGGGGACAGAAAAGUCAGGGUUCCUCUGCAGGAGUUUCACAGGGAGUCAGUCGGAGGCAGUGAUUUCGGGGUUAGGUUAGUCCCUGGGUCAUAAUGCCCUCAUGAUUUUUAGAACUAACAUUGACCAAGUUACAGAAAAAUACAAAACAUUUAAUAAUUUAGCAUUUUGAUGGGCCGAUGGUAGGCCCUACAUUAUUUAAAAAUAUAUAUUUGGAGGAAAAGAACACUGAAUAAAGUGCGUAAAAUAUGUAAAUAUAGCCUAUGUAUGACUGUGUGGUGGUCUAAUAAAGAUAUGCUAUUAUUGCCAUAUUGAAACUUCUAAAGCAAAUACUUUUUCACAAGUUCGACAUCUCUUCAAUGUUGUUUUUUGCAUGGGUAGGUUUGUUGGAUCUACAAACAUUCCAGCAAGCAUGUUGGAACAUGAAAUGCCAGAUGAGAUGCCCAAUGGAGAGGGACAUGCUUUUUAUUUUGAAUUUUAACAGUGAAAAUAUGAGCAGCAAAUUAACAUAGGCCUAUUUGUAAAUGUUAGAUAAAUAACAAUUCAUAUUUAAAUAGAGAAGUAGUCCAAAGGUUGGAAUUUAGGACCCGCGAGAACAUAAUUAUCUAGGCCUUUCUUUCCGACUCAGCCAGAUGGGCGCCUCCCAGUUAAAUCAGCUUCUCUAUAGAAGCGGGUGGGGUAUUCCCACACAGAGCAAAUAACUUUCACUCACUGUCUAUGUUCGAUAGGCAUACAAAUAAUAAGGCUUUGUAAAUAGUAUAGCACAAACGUUAUUACAUAGUAGGCCUACGCUAAAAACGCUUUAUUGUAGGCGUAGGCUAUGCUUUAAAUCCCCUUCCUCCGGCUUGCGCUCGAGUCAGAUACCUAGGUUUAUUACAUAUGGCCGAGGGCUACUUUACACGUUUACAGAAUUCCUCUAAAAAGGAGGGGGUGAAUUGGAUGCCACACACCUCCCCCUUCUGAAUGAGCAGAAGCUACGUCCGCACUUCUCUCUCUCUCUGCAUCUAUAGACUGUAGCCAACGGAGAAGUCACGGCGAAAUCAUCCGUCCGUUUCUCAUACUUUAACAAAACACCAAAGAAUACGUUUAUUAUGGAGUCAAUAUUAGCGUUAUUUUUGCUCUGUAUAACGGGAACCCAUGUAAGCUGUAUCCCAGGCCCGUUAGAAGACGUGGUUAUUGAUCGGUAUGACAUUCCAAGAGUUUGUCCCAGAGAAGUGCAAACGGGAGAUUUCGUCCGUUAUCAUUACAACGGUACCUUCACCGACGGCAAGAAGUUCGAUUCAAGGUAAGCUACGAUAGGUCUAUUGACAUAGUGCAUAAGAGCAUCAAAGUAGAGACAGGCUAUCUGAUUCCUGUGCAAAUAAAUUCUGUGCCGGCUGGAGGACAUUUUAGUUUUGUUCGUUUGACUAUAUGGUCUCACGCAGUUGGCCUGUUGUAGACGUGUCCGGCCUUUACAUUUGCAGCCCCUCUAAGCAACCAUUUUGAAACUUUGUAUCGAAGACCCUGCGCUUCACAGAUACAUUGUAACUUUGCCACUGCGCUGUGCAUUUCUGCACAUAAACAUUGUAACUGCGGUGUGCGUUGGUGCGUGUCAUAUGCAUCCCCGAACGACGCCUAUAUGUGGCGCUCUGCACAAUAUAGUUCAAUGGUGUUUACAUUUUUAGUCAUUUAGCAGACGCUCUUAUCAAGAGCGACUUACAGGAGCAAUUAGGGUUAAGUGCCUUGCUCAAGGGCACAUCGGCAGAUUUUUCACCUAGUCUGCUCGGGGAUUAGAACCAGCGACCUUUCGGUUACUGGCACAACGCCCUUAACCACUAAGCUACCUGCCGCCCGUUUACUACUGCGACAUGCCACGCACACUCAAUGCAAAGACAAACAGCUGAAUUCAGUUGGUUGACAGGCGAGGCCUAGGCUAUAUCUUAAAAUCCAUUAUUUAGGCCUUAUUUAGUUAUUUUAUGGCCUACUUUUGUAUUUUGAUCAUGACUUAUUGUAUUCUUUGCACAUAACCCAUUCAGAUAUGGUUAGAUAAAUGGUUUACAACCAGUUAAAAUGAAUGUAAAUAGUCUAAUAUAAUAAUAGGAAUAGAAUAUAAUAACUUUACUAGACCCAGCCUACCAUUGAAAUAAAUAUCAUCUUUGUGCUCUUGAGGAAUGUGGCUUCUUUUCUCUCUCCCCCUCUCUUCUACCCAUCCCCCCUCUUCAGUCAUGAACGUGGUGCACCCUUCAGUGGCCAGGUGGGACUGGGGCUUCUCAUCACUGGUCUGGACAGGGGAGUCCAGGGCAUGUGUGUCAAUGAGCGCAGAAAAGUUACUGUCCCCCCACACCUUGCCUAUGGAAGUAUAGGAGCAGGUAACAACUCAUUUAAUUCUCAUAUAUGACCUUUACAGUUUACAUAGGCCCUGGCGCCAGAAAGUGUGCCCUGUACACACUAAAUUCCACAAAUAGUUAUCCUCUGAUGUUGGCCCCAAUCGUAUAUUCCAGUGGCACACAAUGAAUUCCCAACCUGUCUCUCUCUCCUAGGUGAUGUGAUCCCUCCUGACACUGUGUUGGUGUUUGAUGUGGUUCUGCUCGACAUCUGGAACACAGAAGACAAGGUCCAGACACGCACCCUCAGCAAACCUGAGAGCUGCAAGCGCCUCGUGGAAGCUACUGACUUCAUCCGUUAUCACUACAACGGCACACUGCUGAACGGUGUACCCUUCGACUCCAGGUGAGGUCCAUAUCUACUCUGGAAAACCAGUCAGGCUGUGUUUGUGUGCGUGCGGGUGUUAACCGUUUAGGUCCAUGUCUCUUUCAGCCACUCUAGGAACGGCACCUAUGACACGUACGUGGGCAUGGGCUACCUCAUUAAGGGCAUGGAUGAGGGUCUAAUCGGCAUGUGCGUGGGAGAGACACGCACCAUCAUCAUCCCACCCUUCCUGGCCUAUGAGGAGAAGGGAUAUGGUAACUACUAGUAACCACUGUUUAUAGCCCCUAGCCUAUAAGGUAUGUUAAAGAUUACAAGGUUAAGACAACAUGGUUCUAAUUUCCCAUAACUCUUUGCAAUUAAUACCACCAGCAUUGCUAGUUAGCAAUGGCGCUAGUAGUUAUCAAUGGCGCUGGUCCCAUUAAUUAGUUUAUUUUCGAAUGCUUCCGCAUGGAAUUAUUACAUUGUCUUAACCUUGUCUUUUUUAACCUAGCCUAUGAGGAGAAGGGAUAUGGUAACUACUAGUAACCACUGUUUAUAAUCCCUAGCCUAUGAGGAGAAGGGAUAUGGUACAAACUGUUUAUAACCCCUAGCCUGAGCCCUUAAUAGCUGAUAAACACAGGAAGUGUAUAGUAGGCUACAUAGAGUUUAGAGUCUAGAAAAGUUUAUUCAAGUGUCACUCCACAACAACAGUUGACAAGACACAUUACAGAUUAAAAACAACAUUGUGGACCACCCCCUCUGACGAAGUAAGAUUUGCAUUGGGUUGUGUAUAGAUCAUAUAAUUGACUCUAAACACCCAUCCUCCUCUUCCAGGCACCGUGAUUCCAUCCCAGGCCACCCUGGUGUUUGAGGUCUUCAUGAUUGACCUGUUCAACCCUAAGGAUGACAUUGCCGUGGUGGUCAAGGAGGUGCCUAAGACCUGCACCCGUAAAACAGUGGUGGGAGACUACAUCCGUUACCACUAUAAUGGCACCUUCCAGGACGGCUCUGGCUUUGACACCAGGUAGGAAUGUGUUUAGUACAUCUACUGUCUGUCAAACCAAGACUUGUCUGAGUCAAUAGUGAGUGAAAGGGUGCAUUGUAAAGACUGACUCUAAUUUGCAUUUACUAUGUUUCCUCUUUCUGCAGCUACCAGCGCAACAGCACAUACAAUACCUACAUUGGCAUGGGCUAUGUGAUCCAGGGCAUGGACAAGGCCCUCCAGGGGUUGUGUAUUGGGGAGAAGAGGCGUGUCAUCCUUCCUCCUCACAUGGCCUAUGGGGAGAAGGGAACUGGUGAGUACGUGGCUCUGUGGCAUUGGCCAAAGGUUUUGGGGUGGGAGGAGUCAGAGUAUAAUUUACAUAUCUUACUGUCCAGUGUCCAUGAUGACUCAGUGACACGUAUGAUAGAAUGUCUCAGCUUAAGGCACUGAGUUUGCACACAUUUUCAUGUCCCUACUCCUAUUCAAAUUCCUUUCUACUCUCCUCCACCCCACUCUAGGAGACAUCAUCCCUGGCUCGGCCGUGCUGGUCUUCGACAUCCACGUUAUCGACUUCCACAACCCCAAGGACCUCAUUGAGAUCAAAGUGACCAGCAAGCCCAAGAAGUGCAACCUGACCAGUGAGGUGGACGACCUGAUCCAGUACCGUUACAACUGCUCCCUGAUGGACGGCACCCUGCUCUACUCCUCGUGAGUAGGAGCGCCUCCUGUCCAUCGCACCGCCAUACUGCAACGCCACACUGCAACGCCUGGUCCAGUCAUGUAAUCUAAUCCCCCCUGGCUACUUGUCUGACUGAUAUCACUAGGCCUCCACGCCAACAGACAGGAAGAUUUAUCAGCUACUUAUGUUGUGUAGAAAUGAAAAUAUAUGAGACAAAAUAUAACCAAUAUAUAGAAACGAGCCAUAUCUAUAACCAUAUACUGUAUCUUACAUAUUAUAUACAUCUUACAACCUAGAAAAUAUAGGGCUACAUACUUAAUGCCUACUGACUGAUAGCACGUUGGCGCAUCGGCAGGGCCUUGAUCAAUAUCUCCCUCCUCUUCCAGGGACCACUAUGAGAAAGCCCCCAUCACCACCCUCGGAGCCAACAAAGUGAUUGAGGGUCUGGACGAGGGCCUGAGGGGCAUGUGUGUGGGAGAGAAGAGAGUGGUGAUCGUCCCACCCCAUCUGGGACAUGGAGAAAAUGGAGGUGAGUGAAUGAACUAGUCAGGGUCACUUUCAUCAUGAAACCCAGAACAAAAAAUCCUGCGUGGAGAUAUCUUGCAUUUGGACAUGACAUUAUUCUGACACUGUCUCAAUGUCUCUCAUCAUACUCUCCCCUCCAUGUCCCUGCAGCCAAGGGCGUUCCCAGCAGUGCCGUGCUGCACUUUGAGCUGGAGCUAUUGGACCUGCAGAAGGGAGUGCCUGACGGCUACAUGUUUGUGUGGCUGGGAGACAGCCCAGAUCCCCUGUUCCCUGCCAUGGACCUCAACAAAGAUCUAUCUGUCCCUCUGGAGGAGGUAAGAUAACACACGCCAGACAUUUAGCAUGAUCCAUCAAUCAAAGUCAGGAUUCACCCAAUACAUUCUACCCUUUGCUUGGUAAGGCACUGGUGCUGGUAACAUCCUUGUGUAAGUCAGGACAACAAAUUAGGUGAUAAUCUAAAACUGCAAUUAUACUUCAAAUGAUGUACCUCUUGAAAGGACAACUCUCAUAUUUCUCUCUGCUCUCCCUCUCUCUAGUUCACAGCCUUCAUAAACCUCCAGGUGGCGGAGGGCACAGGUCGCCUGAGGCCAGGGAUGGAUGCUGACGGCAUCAUCAAGGACAUGUUCAACAACCAGGACCGCAACAGGGACGGCAAGAUAGUGGCUGAGGAGCUCAAACUGAAGGUGGAGGAGGAUUCUGACAGGGCCAUACAUGAAGAGCUGUGAGGGGGAACAGUCGAGCCGGGCAGAGGGGUGUGGGGAUGGAGAGAGACAACAGACAGUAUCUAUGCAAUUAGGGGGUUACCAACUAGUGGAGCUCCUUAAAUUGUUUUUAUUAUGUAGAAAACACAGGAGGAUGCUGGCAUCUUAAUUGGGGAGGACGGGCU